CCCAGGCCCUGCCCGCGCCGCCCGGGGCCGGCUCCGCAGCGGCGGCAAUUGGUGCAGCCGCCGCCCGAGCAGCGUCGGCGCCGAUGCCUCCUGCGGCGGCCGCGGGGGGAAGAUGGCGCCGUCCCACGUCCUCAAGUGCUGCCAGAGGGUGCUGGCCUGGGUGCCCGUGGUCUUCAUCGCCCUGGUCGUGGCCUGGUCCUACUACGCCUACGUGGUGGAGCUGUGUGUGUUUACUAUUUCUUCAACUGCAGAAAAAGUUGUGUACCUUGUGAUUUUCCAUCUGUCAUUUGUCAUGUUUGUAUGGUCCUACGGGAAGACAAUUUUCACAUCUCCUGCAUCCCCCUCCAAUGAGUUCUGCUUGUCAAAAGCUGACAAAGAACAGUAUGAAAAAGAAGAGAGACCAGAGUCCCAGCAGGAGAUUCUGAGAAGAGCCGCUAAAGACUUGCCUAUCUAUACAACAACAGCAUCAAAAGCCAUCAGAUACUGUGAUCGAUGCCAGCUAAUCAAACCUGACCGCUGCCACCACUGUUCUGCAUGUGACAUAUGUGUACUAAAAAUGGACCACCACUGUCCAUGGGUGAAUAAUUGUGUGGGAUUUUCUAACUACAAAUUCUUCCUCCUGUUCUUAAUGUAUUCCUUACUGUACUGUCUGUUUGUUGCUGCUACAGUCUUGCAGUACUUCAUAAAGUUUUGGACACUUUGCCGCAGGAAAGCUGCAGAGAAUUGUCCAAAGAAUGAAUUGCCAGAUACCCAUGCAAAAUUCCACGUACUCUUCCUUUUCUUUGUGGCAGCCAUGUUCUUCAUCAGCAUACUGUCACUCUUCAGCUACCACUGCUGGCUAGUUGGCAAAAACAGAUCAACAAUAGAAACAUUCCGUGCACCCACAUUUCGAAAUGGCCCUGACAAAAACGGCUUUUCUCUUGGAUGCAGCAAAAACCUGAGGGAGGUUUUUGGAGAUGAAAAGAAGUAUUGGCUGCUCCCUAUUUUUACCAGUUUGGGCGAUGGGUGUAAUUUUCCAACUCGUUUGGUGAUAAUGGAUCCAGAGCAACUCACUGUCUCCAGCCAAAAUGAACCUGCCAAAAGCUCUGGAGCCAAUCAGCCCUUUCCUACUCGACCACUCAGUGAAUCACAAAAUCGAUUGCUAGCCAGUGACAGUCAGUGGGUAGAAAGUGGCCCUGAAGAUGAAAAUGUUAAAUCAGGUACAAAAAAGCAUAUUAUAGUUUCAUUGGAAAGCUGAUCUCAGCUUAUUACUAACCAACCAUCUCAGUGAGAAACAGGUUUCUGCAACACAUUUUGUGCUUGAAUGUUACUUAAUUUUGUUUGGAAGAAAUUGAUCAGUAAAAAAUGGAACAUGAGCAUUUUAUGAGGAGACAAGAAAUUGAAGUUUCUGCACAGUCCAGUGGAUUCUUGUAAGCACUAUUUGCAGAGCAGGGAAGUUCAGACAGAUGCCUUAAGAUUCUUCGUGUGCAUUUAUGCAGCACUGAAUUAUAUACUGCUACCAAAGGGCCAAAUCCUGAAGUGCCCUGCUUGGAUGCACAAGGUCCAGAGUGGGAACUAUGCAUUUCUGUUACGCUGCAGUGGUGGGGACUGCUACCUCCCCACGGGCAAACUUUAUACCUUAGGCACUGCAGAAUUCACUUCCAUAGCAGGACUUGAGGGUACAGAAAGAAGAAGAAAAAAGGAUGGAGGAGGAAUCAACCAAGAGCGUGGCUGAUGAGUCUGAAGUACAGCUGUUCUCAGCUCACACACCAGGUGGUGGGAAAGAAGGUACCAGAUGAUACAUUCAUGGUCAUAGCUAUAUAAGCCUUUCAGGAUUCUGCAUUCCUUCUGCUGACUGCACUAUGGAACGAAGCAUUUCCAACAAAGUAAAAACUUGGCAUUGUUUUUUUGCUAUCAGAUUGAACCCCAUCAUCCUUCUAAUCUGACCAUUUAACCAUAUCAAGAAUCAUAGAAUCACAAGGUUGGAAAGGACCUACAAGAUCAUCCAGUCCAACUGUCCUCCCAUCACCAUUGCUACCACAAACCACAUCUCGUAGCUCCUCAUCCAGACGCCUCUUGAACACUGCCAGGGACAGCAACUCCACCACCUCCCUGGGCAGCCAUUCCAGUGCCUGACCACUCUCUGAGAGAAAAAGUUUUUCCUUAUGUCUAAUCUAAACCUCCUCUGGCGCAUCUUGUGACCAUGAACACAAGAGCAAGCUCAAAGAAGUGAACUCUUUCUUAGUUGAUAAAAACAUAGUUUAUUGCUUUUCAACAACUUCCUGUCAGCAUAAGAAGAAAAUCCAAUUGAAAAAGGGAGAUAACAAACGGUUACAUUUUCUGUUAAUGUUUGCAGUGUUCUGUAUGAGGCAGUAACAAAAUGGCAAUGUACCCCUGAGAAAAAUCUUAGUGCAGUCAUGUGUCGUUAGAAAAUGGAACUGGAAGAGUACUGCUUUUUAUAUGGGACUCUUGAUGGUUUAUAAAUACUGUUUUAUACUUUUGUUUUAUCUUUUUAAUAAAAACACAAGUUUUUAUUGGUUCUGAAAUACCAUUUAAACAAAUUUCAAGUACUUAUGAGAAAGUUAGGGCUGGAUCAGGCACUUGUGUUAACACACCACUCUGUAUGCUGUCUGCUUUGUCUGCCACUUUCAAGUCGAUUUUAAAGUGUUACUGAACUGCUAAAGAUGGGUGCUUUGUGCAGUGAUGUACCAUGUUCACAAAGGGCAAAACGUUUCCUGUACUGAGGAAUAAAGUCCCACUAAGCUCAAGACCUACAACAAACCUCAUGGUUUUUCUUUUCCUCCUACUCCUCUAUAGAGAACACUUUGAAUUCAUCUUUUGAUGUUCCUGGCAUUUUGCACCUGACCAAAGUGGAAAAAUGCAGUUCUAUGGUCUGAAGCUUUUCUGAUGUUCAGCUGAUGCUGAUUACAAAUAGUCAUAAGCCUCUCUGAUAGAAACUGAAGGUGGUAGCUAUGUUGAUGUUCUGAACAAAAGGAACUUCUUUGGUUUCUAUGCCAGACUGAUCACUGCUUUUCCCCAUCACUGACGUACUGGAGUUACUUGGAUAUCAAGUAUACUCUGAGUUUUAAAAACAAAUAUUUUCUUUGUCUUUGACAUUUAGGACAAGGUAUUUUUUCCAGUCUUCUAGAACAGGAGCACUUCAGUGACCUACGGGCAUAUUGUCACUGUCAGAUACUGCUGAGACAGAACUGAAGGUACUUUGUAUGUUCUUCAAACUUUGUACAAUAAAUUUUACAUUUGCCAGUUUUCAAAGAAAAAGUAUUUGCUAUGCAUUAAUCUGAAAGGUUUCGCUUUUCCUUCUCAAAUGUCAAGUGAAAAGCUCUCAUCUAAAUAUAAGCUUUCAUGAGUACUGACAUGUUGAACUUAGAAGGAGAGAAUGCGUCAGCAACAUUUCCUGGGGAAGACGAUGGAAACGCAAGACUGAGCUCAGUGCAGCAUAGAAUUAUAAUGGAAGACCCUGGAUAUCAUGUUUCUUUUACUGGAUCAGUGUAUCACAGCAGAGGUAACAAAUGCAUCUACAGUUGUCUAGCAAAAGUAGAAGGAAUAUUGCUGUCUAAUAGGGUAAAUCUCAAAAGGGACAGUCCCCUCAGCUCUUCCAGGUGUUCAGUUUACACCUAUGUGAAUGGUGUGUGCUGUAAGCUAACAUCAAUAUAACUUGUUUUAUUGCUUAAGUCAGAAUAGUUAAUCUACGGGGGGAAAAAAAUGCAAGUAAACAGAUGGGCCAAAUCUGCCUGCUUUCUAGCAAGGUGCAUUUGGGUUCUCUGAGAGUUCUGAUCUGACAGCUCCAUAGCCAUAAGCAAGGGCAUCCCAUGCUGUAUCAAAGCAGAGUGGGAUGGUUUCUGGCUUACUCCCUCUUUUUGCCUAAAUGCAACUUUGCUGAGGACAAAAAGCUGUCUGACUGCUAGCUGGGCUCUGCAGGAGCACACUAGGAUGUCCUUUCAACCCACAUCUGUGCACUGAGUCGCCGCACACCUCCAGCGAGAGGAGCUGACCUGCCUGGUCAGGAGGCAAGAAGGGAAGAUGGUCAGGAUGCAGGGUCAUGAGGUACAUGCUUUUUCUGUGCUUUAAGCUGCUGUGUGUCAGCAAGUCUUGAAAAUACUUACGUUUGUCACUAAAAAUAACAGUGCUUAAGCUUUUAAACCCCUCAAAAUAACUGCUAGCCAUGAGUAGCAUUGCGGUGACUGUAGCAUAGUUGACAUUGGCUGCAGUCAGAAGCUGUGCUUUGGUAUCUCCUAAAGCUUUCUUUUCUUUUAUAAAAAUCCACACAACAGUCACAACCACAAAUGACUUAAACUCCCUAUGUGAGGACAGAAGUGGUUCAGAAAUGUCGUGAGUUGAUAAAGCUCUCCCUGUAAAAAGAUGAAGGCAGAUGCAUAAAUAGAAAGGCAGACUUUAUUUUAGAAACCUCAACUAAUGUUUUUCCCUCAGUAUCGGUUUGUUUACAAACUGUGAAGAUGCACAUAAGUGCUGUUCUUACCAAAUGUGUUAUUGGCAGAGGGCAGGACUAUGUUCGGUUUCUGUAAUAACUGGUAAGUUGGAUGCAUCCUAACCCCUUGAUUGAAAACUUCCAUUUCAAAUAGCCAGGGGUUUGUAUCAGAGGGAGCUCUGGCACUUCUCAUUGGAGUAGAGAAGUCACAGUAACAUCUUUGUCAAACCUACGCUUUGAAUGUGGAAUGUACGGGUACCAAGCUGCUUUGGGCAGACUGUCUACAAACUGGGCAUCCAGAGUAUUAAAUGCCACCGUUUCUCAGGUACUGUUUCUUCCCUCAUUUGAUCUCAUGUGGCUUUUCUGUCUUGUUAAUAAUCUUUUGGGGCUUUGGAAGUUUUCAUAAAUUUCAGUGCUAUUCAGUAUUCUUUCAAAGUUCUUCAUUGAUUACAGUUUGAAGUUUGACCAGUUGUAGCUCACCAGAGCCCCACGAGGAGGAAAAUGUUUAGUGUCUGGUACAUGUACCAACAGAUGCAUCAACUCUUGACGCAAGUGAGAAAGAUCUGCCUGGAUCUGGAGCACUGACUGGUGAAAUCUAUUUAGGAUUAAAAAAAAAUAAGGUUUUGAGCUUUAUAGCUCAUGUUGUGUAGGGAGACUGGCUAAAAUAAUGCAGAAUUGAAGGCUUCAGGUAUGAAGAGGCUCCAAAUAGCUGUUCUAACACACAGUGCAGAUCAAGAGCACAUUUUUCAUGUUACUUAAAAAAUAAAGCUGAUAUCCAAUAUAAGAGGAUCUUCUGUCUCUGAAUGGCACCAAAGAGAGCAGCUGCAUCUAAAGUUAUUUGUUACAAUACUGAGCGCAUAUACUAUGUUCAUUUCUAUCAGUUUAUUUUGUAUAUAUAGACAGCUUUUUAUAUGUAUUUUUCUUAAUUAUGUAACUCAUGAAAUAAGUUGUACUUAGUGCUAAUUCCGAUUAAAACUGGUCUUUCGCCUUUUGUUGGGUCGGUUUGUUUGCAGCAAUUACUUGACUCUUGUUUCCAUGAGCUUGUGAAGUCUGAUUUUGUUUACAAAAUGGCUUUAUUUGGUUUUGAAGACUUCCCCAGCCACAAAAAGUACAGAGCACAUGCAUAGCAGGGAAGCACGUGCUGGGGAUGAAGUAUCCACUUAUGUUGGCACCACAGCACUAAUGGUGACGUGCAGAUGCCCUCCUGUUUACAUUACUUAGUUGACGAUUUAAAUGCUUAGCACGUACCUCUCUGUUUUCUCAUCCCUUAACCUGCUCCUGUCAGCUUUAUUGUGAGCGUAUUAAACCUUUCUUAGCUGCAAAUACAUACACUCAUAAAAACAUCACGGAAAGCAGGAGUCGUCCUGCUGUUAAAGUGUCGAGGCUCCCUCUCUGUUCUCUCACUCCCUUUUACCCUUAACAGAAUUGAACAUGGGUUCCUUCCAGUUCUGUAGUAGCCAGCAAAGGCUCAUCAACAGUCACACUGCUCAGUUCCCACUGUUCCACUUACACCAUCGCUUUUAAUUUGCUGCCUGAACUUGUACUGAGCUGUAUUUAAUUUUGGCAUUAAAUGUAAAAGAUAUGUAAUGGCACAGUUACUGUUUCUAUGUUUGUAUGUUGUGGGUAGGACGAGUCCUAUGCAGAAAAUACAUGUUGCCAUUUUACAGUUUAAUACUUGAAGUGAUUUUUUUAAAAAGAGCUUUUAUAAAUGAAUUAAAUACAAAGUCACAUUACGUUGCUUAAGAGUUCCUUCGUGCUUGACUUGCACCCUGCAGUUUGCUCAGAUGUACUUUUCCAUGUUAUCUCAAGUCGUUUAUAAGCAUUCGAGAUUAUAACAUUAUUUAUAAGUGCACUCAAGAUUUUGUACAUCAGUGUUCAGACCUGCUCAUACUUCAUGGAAGUAGAAUUGGUGUUUAAAUAACGAGUUGUACUAUUUUAGGCCUCUUUUCAAAAGUGAUAAAAUAUCGAUGUAUUUGACACACAACUUCUGUCGGCGAAUGCAAAACUGACUGACUUAAUAAAAGUAUGUGGAAUAAGCUGAAAA